AUGGACGCCAUCAUCUCCACAGGAAGUUUGGUCUAUUUAGUUAUUUGGUUUGUCUCGUGCAUUUUGUUUUGUCUUCUGUUCGCACGAGAGGGGAAGAUAUCCCGGAUGGAUAUGGUCAAGCUUAUUAUCACCCUGGUUUCUCUUGCCGUUUUUUGCCUCUGGAUUUUUUGGCUCUGCGUGUACCUGUCGCAGCUGAACCCGAUGGUGUUGCCAGUUCGACGGAGCGUCAAGGAGUAA